AUCGAAGAUUGGUGCCGGUCGCAGAGUUAAGCUCGAUCUUUUCGCUGAACCCUCUGGAGAUUUGGGUGGCACCUCCGCAAAAGAUGAUGGUGGAAACGAUGUGGACAGCAAACAUGAUCUGGAGUUGCCCAAUUCACCCUCUUCUUCAGGUGGGUUCUGUCGGAUUUCUUCAAAAGGAUUUUGUAAAGAAGGCAUGAGUAUACGGGAAUUGUCUUCAUGGAAUAUGGGUUUUUGAUAUAAGAAAUAUUGCUUUUCCUUCCAAGUAUCUGUUUUCAGAAUGUAGAGUGGCUGUGGUGUUAGGAACAUUCACUGGUGAGAUCAGCCCUGUCCUGCCAUAGUGAUUCAGUGAAUGUCUUCCUACAUUUAAUGCUGUUUCAGGCAGCAUCGCAGCAUUAUGGAGAAUUGCACGGGAAAUAUUCUCUUCGGUUCGUAUAUCUCUCACUUCAUUAAUAUCACACCUUGCUGACAUUUCUUGAUGUAUAUCAGGUUGGUGGUGAACAGAUUAUAAGUGCUCUUAUGCUAGUCCGUUUUGAGCUGUUUGAACAUCAUUUGCUCACUUUUGGACGUUUACCUCUUCCAUAUCUCUGUUACCCCUGAAUGUUUUUGAGAUGUCCUGUAUUGUUAGAAUUGUGAAAGUGUCGCACAAGUUUAUAAUUUCUUGAAAUUGUGUUUCAGGUCAACCACAAGAGAACCCUCUAUCACUCCUUGGUCAAUAUAGCGAUGAUGAAUUGGAUGAUGGAUCAAAUGAAGCAGCUACUAACUCCGAUGAUGAUAAACAGGUUACUGUUAACUGUUUACCUAGCAUGCUGAGCUUGAACUUUGAGCAUGACCUAUAAAACUUUUAUACCAAACUUGAACUCCUGUGCUUUUUAGAAGAUAUAAUGUUACAUACUACUUCGUGUUGGGGAAUAGUUAAAUGGCAUUCUUCUGCCGGGAAGCAAUAUUUACUCUUGACUGUAUUUACCGCUAAAAGCUCUUCCCACGAGCCAUUUGAAGAGGGAGAAAUUGUUGAUAUUGAGGACCAUUCUUCUCAACCAACACACAAUUUGGACGUAGGGGAAGAGUCUGUGUCAGCUAGUGCUUCACCGAUAGCAGAGGCUGAUGCUGAGAGGAAUAAUAUGGUUAGUUUGGACGAGAAAGAUCAUAAAGUUGACAUUGAGAACAAAGACCAUGUGAUUGUGGCUUCUGAUACUAAAAUUACUGAAGGCAUAAGUUCCACAUGGAAAAUGGUAUUGCAUGAAGAGAGUAACCGGUACUAUUACUGGAACACCGUCACUGGAGAAACUUCAUGGGAUGUACCUGAAAGUUUGGGCCAGGGUGCUGCAUUGCCCAAUGAGCUUGAAAAUUUGGGGGCAGAAAUGAAAGUGAGUGCGGCUCCUCCAGUUUCUUUUGGGGUGAAUCUGGAUGAAUUUUCAGCCAGUCAAGGUGUAGGGUACACUGGUGAAAUUUCAGAUAUGAAGACCAUGUAUGAAUCAGGAGUCCUGUCGAGUCAACCUCUUGAGCAAAGUGGAGUUGAUGGAAGUCAGUAUUUGGGGGGCUUCUCUGCGGUUGGUGCGCUUCCUUAUGAAGCUUCUACUCUUGGGAACUAUUCUUUUUCUGCACAGUUAAAUGCUAGUGGUGGAAAUUUAGCUGCUGGUAGUUACGAGGGACAUGAUCAGAUUGCAUUAACCACAGAACAUGGGGCAGUUGAUCUCCCUUCACACCUUGUGAAAAAGGGGGAAGCGUUGCUGGAGAGACUGAAGUUGCUACAAAGGUCAGGGGUUGACUCAGUUGAACAUGGUUGGUUAUCCAAAUAUAUGUUGGAAAUUGAAAUUCGUCUUUCUGAUAUCGGGUGUCUUUUACCCUAUGGCUUGUCGUUGGUUCCAUUUUGGAUGCAUUCAGAAACACGGCUGAAUCAGCUUGAAAAUGCUAUCAACAGUGAAACUGGGUACCAGUACAAUAAUGUUAGUGUGUUGCAUGCUUCCACUGAAAGGAAGGAGGCAAUUCUGGAAGUUGGAGGGGAAGUUAACGAGGAUGCAAAUAUGAGAAAGCUGUCUCCUGAAAAUCAUGUUGAUUCUGUGCAUAAUGUGGAUACAUCAGUGAUGGUUGAGAAAGCUGUACAUGAUGACGCUUCAGAUGAUGCCAUCGUAAAUGUUCAACUAACUUCUCCACAAGAGCCUCAUGUGCAUAAAACUAAUAAAGAAAUUGACGAGGCUGCAGUUCAUGGCAAAGCAAGCCCAAAUACCGAGAUUCAAGCUAAUGAAGACGUGGACAUGGAUAUUGACAUGGAAGUUGAAGAUCAAAGUCCUGCAAGGGAAAGUGUUGUUGGUAUUGGAGAUCAACUGGUAGCCCCGUCAGGGGAAUUACUUCAGACUAAUGCUUCAGUGGCAGGGAUUUCCUUGGCACCUGAAAGCGAUUUUUUUAUUCCACCUCCCCCAGAGGAGGAAUGGAUUCCCCCACCCCCACCAGACGAGGGGAUUCCUCCUCCUCCAUCCGAUGAGCCUCCCGAGUCUCAAUUUCCACCCCCAUCUGAACCGGAACCCCUGACAUCCAUCUAUAGUCAACAAUACAAUAAUACUUAUAUAGACCCUAGUGUGAACUGCUAUGGAAACACAGUUAUGGAAUCGGUAGGCACUAGUUUUCAUGAUCAGGCUGGUGCAAAUCAGAUAGCAACUCUCACUCCCCAAGCUUAUUAUGCUGCCGCCUCAAUUGCUCAAUCCACCCCAGUGCUGAAUUCUGUUGACUCUGCCGUGUACUAUGGCAUUAACGGGACAUUGCCAGUAGUUCAUAUGGCCAGUACUAUAGGUCCAUCUAACUUCCAGGCUGCAUCUUCUUUGCCGAAACAGUUCGUAGAUCCUCUUAUCCCUGGUGCGGAGACAGAUAUUGCCCCUACUCAGUUCUCUUCAGCUUUUAUAGCAGUAUCUGCUCCAGCAACUGUAUCGACAAAAGAAUAUGUUUCACUUCCUUCUUACAGUGCUAGUGCAACUUGUGCUACGGUUACUAGUACAUCUGAUGCUGUUUCUGAUGCAUCUGCUGCAGUCUCAAAGGUGCAGUCCAAAGUUUCACGAAUGAAAAAGCCAAAGGUUUCUGUGACUUCUUCUUUAAGAUCUAACAAGAAAGUAUCUGGUUUGGUGGACAAGUGGAAAGCUGCAAAAGAGGAGUUACGGGAAGAGGAGAAAGAGGAAUGUAUAACUCCGUUGGAAAUUCUUGAAAAGAAGAGACAACGAGAGAUUGAGGGAUGGCGCGCUCAGCAGAUUGCAAGUGGGGAGGCUAAAGAAAAUGCUAAUUUCCAACCGCUUGGUGGUGAUUGGCGUGAACGUGUGAAGCGCAGGAGAGCUAAGAAAGAAGCUGUUGGGGGGACAACCUCAGACAGCGCAGAUGAUGGGUCCAAGCAACCUGAUUUAAGUGAACUUUCUAAAGAUCUUUCUCCUGGGUGGCAGGCAUAUUGGGAUGAUUCAUCUAAGCAGGUUUACUAUGCAAAUUCAAUCACAUCCGAGACUACCUGGACUAAACCAACGAAAUAAAGACUUGAAGCCGCACACUGUACCUUGCGGUUGUCAUUGUAAUUGGUGCUCACUGUAUAUUAAAGAGUUUUCGCACCUGAUUUUAGAUUUGUAGUUACUCUGAAACGUAAGGCAAUUUUUCCACAGCCUACUUUUUAAUGCAAAUAUAUUUUGAUAUA